AUGGCACCAAAGUCUAGCAGUAAGAAGCAGAAAGAGGUCAUCAAGAAGGAAAAGCUCCAGGCUGUGGUUCUUACCGAUGAUUUCGAAACCAAGUUUAUGCCAUUGACAGCUACCACCCCAAGAUGCUUGAUUCAUCUUGGAAAUGUUCCUUUGAUCGAAUACACUUUAGAGUUCUUAGCCAAUGCUGGAGCAAAUGAAGUGUACUUGAUGUGCUCUGGUAAUCAUGUGGAACCAAUCCAGCAGUACAUCGACAAAUCUAAGUGGUCUUUGCCUUGGUCGCCAUUCAAAGUCCAGUGUAUUAUAUCUUUGGAAGCAAGAUCUAUUGGUGAUGUGAUGAGAGAUUUAGAUAACCGUUCCAUUAUCACUGAUGAUUUCUUGUUGAUUUCCGGUGAUGUCAUUACCAAUAUUAACUUUGAUGAUGCUUUGAAAUAUCAUCGCAAGAUCAAGGAGUCAGACAGAGAUCAUAUUGUGACCAUGAUCACCACAGAAGCCACUUCUAAUCACAGAUCCAGACCAUUUGAUGAUGAUCCUUCAGUAUUUGUUUUAAAUGAAUCAAACAAUAAAUGUUUGUACUACGACGCCAUUCCUCCGAUCAAUGGUGAGAAGUCACAAGUCAGCAUCGACCCAGAAUUAUUGGAAAACAUCGACGAUUUCGUAAUUAGAAACGAUUUGAUCGAUUGCCAUAUUGAUAUUUGUACUCCAAUUGUCCCAGCUAUUUAUUCAGAAAACUUUGAUUUCCAACACAUGAGAAAAGAUUUCCUCAAGGGUAUCCUAACGUUUGAUUUAUUGAAGAGAUCUUUCUACGUUUAUAUUGCUCAACAAGAAUAUGGGGCAAGAGUCUCUAGUUACCUGACCUUCAAAUCCAUCACUAAGGACUUGAUUCAAAGAUUCAUCUACCCAAUUGUUCCAGAAUUAAACUUUUACAAUAAUAAUAAUUUGAAAUAUGAAUCAAAUCAUAUUUACAAGGACAAGAAGGUUGUCUUGGCUCAAUCGUGUAAAAUCGGUUAUAACACAGUAUUGGGUGCUGAUUCUUUUAUCGAUGAAAAUACAGAGAUUCAAAGAUCCGUAAUUGGUAACAACGUGAAAAUCGGAAAGAAUUGUUCGGUUGUUAACUCUAUAAUUUUCGAUGAUGUUCAGAUUCAAGACGGUGUUACAAUUGUCGAUUCGUGUAUUGGUGGCGAUGUGGUCAUCAGGAAUAAUGUCAGUAUUCUCCAUGAAUCAGUGAUUGGUGCUAACUGUGUUAUAGAUAAUGAUAUGGUUAUUGAACAUGGUACCAAGAUCAUUGCAAAGAAGCCAGAAGAAGUAGAUGAUGGGUUCUUUUCAGAGAAUGAUGAAGACGAAGAAUCGACAGAUGAUAAUAAGCCAAUCAUCAAGGUCGAAAAGUUUGAAGAAAUUGGCGACGUUUUGGUGGUGGGCCCUAAUGGUGUUGGUUUCCGCUAUGAAGAGUAUGAAUCUGACGUUGAAGAUUCUUCUGAUGCUGAUUCUGUUCACUCACGCACAGAAACUGGUGAUAUCCAUGCAUUAUAUAAGUUAUCAACCUUGGCAUUAUCUGAUGAGUCUAUUGCGUCUGUGGGAUCAUCUGUCGGUAAGAACAAGAAGAAGCAUGGCCAUAAACAUCAUGAUUCAAUUUCGGGAUUAUCCAACAAAAAGAGUGGUAGAAGCUACUCCACCGCUUCACAAAUUUCGAAUGCCGAUGGCUCUAAUUUGAACCCAGAAAAGCAGCGUUUGAAAGAAAUUGAAGAGUUUUAUGUUGAAGCCACUGCCACUAUCGAGCGUGCUAUUGAUAAUAACCAUGAUAUUGACACUGCGGUUCUUGAACUUAACACUCUUAGAAUGAGUAUGAACGUUACAUAUUCGAUGGUUAGACGCAGUACUUUGAACACUCUUAUCUCCAAAAUCACCAAUUAUGUCGAAACUAACACUCUCAAGGUGAAUGAAGCUACAAACAAACUUUUUGGACAAUGGGGGAUAUUAUUCAAGAGACAAGUGUUUGAUAAAGAUGAUGAGCUCGAUUUAUUGGAUCUUUUGAAUGAAAUUUGCAAGAAAAUUGACGCCAAGGAGGGUGAUAAUCAUCAACAAUUGAAUGCCAAACAAUUGCAAUUCUUCAUCAUGAGACAAUUCUAUGAUCUCGAAAUAUGUGACGAAGAAAACAUUAUUGAAUGGUACAAUGGAUCGCAGAAAUCUGAAGAUGCUAGUAAAAAGAUUGAUAACAAGUAUGUCGAACAGCUUAUUGACUGGUUACAGAGCGCUGAAGAAGAGAGCAGUGAAGAAGAAGAGUCUGACGACGAAGAGGAAGAAUCUGAUGAUGAGGAAUGA